CGCAGCCGCGCGCUCCCGAAGGCAGCGGGGGCAAAUAGCGGCGGGGCCGCUUUGGGGGCGCGGGCGGGCGCUCCCGGACGGCGCCCCCCAUGGAGGCUUUUCCCGGUGGAAAGCUGGAGCCGCACCGGCACCUCCCGGCCGUAGAGCGCCUGCAGGGUGCCCGCUACGGCGGCCGGAGCCACAGCGCCUGCGGGAACGUCUUCAACUCGUGGAACGAUUACCUGGGGCUGGCCACGCUCAUCACUAAAGCCGUGCGUCCCGGGAAGGGCUUCGUUGCCGAACCGCCCGCCGUGGUGGUGGCGGCGGCCGAAGAGGAGGAGGAGGAAGAAGAGGAGGAGGAGGAAGAAGCGGCGGGGCCGUACUUCGAGGGCGCGCUGGACUUGCACGAGCUGGAGCUGUGCGGGCACCAUCACCACCACGGCGACGGGCUGCUGGAGGAGCGAUUCGCCGAUUUCAGCCCCUUCCCCGGGCGCGGCGGCCCCGCAGCGGUGCUGUUCGACUGCUCGGGGGAGCACGGGGGCCGGGACGGCUCGGGCCACGCGUGGGGCGCGGGCGUGGUGGUGGCGGGUCGGCUGCCCGCACACCCUCGAGCCGCGGGGCGCCUGCUGAAACCCGAGCUGCAGGUGUGUGUGUUCUGCAGGAACAACAAGGAGGCGGUGGCUCUGUACACCACGCACAUCCUGAAGGGACCCGACGGCCGCGUGCUGUGCCCCAUCCUGCGGCGCUACGUGUGUCCGCAGUGCGGCGCCACGCGGGACAACGCGCACACCAGGAGGUUCUGCCCGCUGUCCAAAAUGCAGGCGGCCAAACAGCUCCGGCACGCCCGGACCGCGCUGGGCAAGAAGGUCCGCUAGGAGCGGGGGGCUCGGGGACUGGCGGGCGGCUUCGGCGCGGCGGGGACGCCCUGUACGUGUUUCUUGUAAGAAAUAUAGAGAUACGUGGUUUUUAAGGAAACGCCGUUCGCCGCCAGUUCCGACACCGGGCGGUGUGUCUCCCUGCUGCCCCCCGCGCUGCCCGCACGGCUUGGGGAGCGGCCGCCCGCUGCACGGAGGGGAACGAAGGGCUCAAAGCCGAUCCAGCGUCCCAAUUGGAACCGAUGGGGUUUUUGGCUCGGUGGUCGGCAGCAAUUCGGUUGAAAGGCUGCACCCGGGGAGGGGCAGGAACGGGACGGUGCCGCCCGGCUCAAUGUGCGGCUCUAAGGAUGGGGGGGAGGGAGCGGAGGGGGCUGCGCGGUGACUGGGGGACACACGGAGCGGCCCCUGGUGUGACUGUGGGCUUCUGAGGAGACCCAGAGCGAGGAACUGCCCAAAGGAAGGUGAUGCGUUUGUAAGGCUAAAGAGUGUGGCUUUAAGUGGGUGGGGGCACGGGGGAAGCACCCGUGUGGUUACCGAGUAGCUUUCAUGUAUACCGAACACGGGACGCAGCCACGGGACUGCGUCGCUCUCAGAGAGGUGGGGAAUUUGCUUUCAUUGCAACUUAAAGCAGGAGAAGGAGCAGCAGCAGCAGAUCUGUGGGUCUCUCCGGGGUCCUCUGGAGCCAAGAGGGCAGUGCAGAAGGCUCUGGCUGUACCCAGGUUCGCCUGGAGGGUGAGAAAGGCACCGCGUCCUGAUGGGAAGGGGAGAUGGACAAGUGAGAAGUGACGGAUUUAAUGUGAGUUCCUCCUGAGGAGCUGCUCUGUGGGGUGGGACAGUGAAGCAAGUAAGUGGGACGGGCAGGAGUGGAGUCAGGAUGGGCUGGAAGGAGCCUGGGGGUCGCUAUUCACAACUGCUGUUGGUUCCCUCAGCUGAGAACAGGGUUGUGAAUGGAAGUGCUCUCUUCAGGCUUCAUCACAUUGCUCCAGCGAUGGCAUUAGGUCUAAUUAGCAAAUGCAAAUAGACUUGCAUUAAAUACCACCUCGCUGUGGCUGCAGCUGGCUGUAUGGAGCUGCCUGUUGGCUGUGCCAGCUGUGUGCUGUCUCUCCUUCCAUGUGAUUUGCCCUGCAGGUUCUCAGCUGGUAGAAUUCAGGCAUUGGAUUUUGUGAUGUCUGUCUUCACCGCAGAUUGGGAUUGAGCUCCAGUGUAACGCUGUGGAACAAAUUCAGUCUCUUUGUUAGCUUCUUGAUGAGCAUAUGUGUUUCAAUUCGGGUGACUGUUUAUGGACACAAAAGCAAGAAAGAUGUAAGGAAGGUUCUCAGCUGCUUUGAGGGGACAUUCCGAGGGCUGCCAUACACCCACCUCCCCUGGUCUGUAGAUUAAGUUACCCCAUAGCAACUGCCCCACUGCACCGCCUGGGAGCUUGUCAAGAUAGCAGAAUGUCUCCUUGCCAUGGAUGCCAGCCCUGUCUGUGCCCUCCACAUGGGUGAGAAGAAAGCUGCUCCUGUGAUGGUGGCUCCUGCUGUGUGUGCUGAGUCCUCCAGCUGUCCGUGUGUACCUGCACUGCGUGGCAUCAGGCCUGGGAGUCGGGCCCCAGCAGGAACCCUUCUCCUUCUCCCCAUCUCUUUCUCGAUCUUUUGAUGCUGACGGGGGAGCAGAAGCUGGAGGAGCAGCAGGGGCAGGAGCUGAUCGCCGAGCUGGUUCACGUUCUUCCCCACGCUCCUCUCUCCUAUCAUCAGCACGUCGCCACGAGCUCGCUACAAACACAGAAGACAUUAAUACCACCUUUUGUCAUGUUCAAACCAGCAGCCUGCAGGAGUUUAAACAAACAAACAUAGCACUGACAGUCUGAUUUACUGAUUCUCAAUCUUGCCAAGAACUAAUACGAAGAUGACAGCCAGACACACAGCUUAAUUUUAUAAUCGAGUAAUGGACAGGAACUACUCGUGCCUCUAAGAGAUUCACCAUUGCUGUCAGCAAGUGAAGUGUCACUUCUAAAACAAAGUAACUGCAAUAAGAAUGUUCUAGUGAUGGUUUUACAAUGUAAAAUAUGUCUUUAUAUUAUCAGAAUUAAAAGCACAAAAACAUCUCCUUAGGAACAGUUGAAACAUAUUUAGGUGUUUGGUGUCUUGACAGCCCUUUGCUGUUCAACAUUAUUGAAGGCAGAUGUGACACAGCUCCCCUGAUACUCAUCUUCAGCAUUCUUCACUAUAUGAAGAAUUGUUCAUUUCCAUCAAAAGGAGCUUAAUAAUUAUACCCCAGCUAUGAAUGAACAAAAACUGUGUUAAAUACCAAACUGGAUGGUCAAACAAUAAAGUAGUUCCUGAUAUUAUUUUUUAUAUAUGUAUAUACGUAUGUAUCUCCCCACACUGGGAGCUCUCAACCUUUCAGGACCAGCUGCAGUCCUGUAAGGGGUGUUCUGUUCCAGUCUGCUCUGAGAUCAGCUGCAUGGCUGAUCAGCACCAAUGCUCAGGGCAGAAACCAAAUAAAGAUCUGAACAUGAGAACUCCAGAAUGGCAAUAUGUGGUAUCUCAGGCUAAAUGUCUUUGCUGUUACUGGUUUUUAUAGGAGAUAACAAAGUAUAAAUGAAUGUACAUAAUUAAAACUCAUUAAUGUACAUAGUUGAAGGAGGUUAUUCAUCUAAAAUAAAUAUCACUAAUAGUGUGAAACCCA